UUUCCCCCUGGAGUUCUGCAGUCAUGUUUAAAGUUGGCUCACAAGCAUAAACAUACGGCUAAAGAACUUGUUAUCUUGUUUAGAUGAGGCUGCAGUGAAAUGCAACACUAUACGAAUAUAAGUCUGUAGAAAGUACUAUUGGAUACUUAGUGCCUUUGUUCUGUAUUCUCUUCAACACAGCUGGUGACAAUGGCUGAAAAUGGAGAUGGUGAAAACAUGUCUAUUUUGGAAACCAAAAUCUGUCAGCAAAUUGAGUACUAUUUUGGCAAUCACAAUCUACCAAGAGACAAGUUCCUAAAGGAACAGAUCAAACUAGAUGAUGGCUGGGUGCCUUUAGAAGUAAUGAUCAAAUUCAACAGAUUAAGUCGCCUUUCAAAAGAUUUUAGUGUUAUUGUAGAAGCACUAAGAAAAUCCAAGACUGGUUUAAUGGAAAUAAAUGAAGACAAAACUAAAAUCAGAAGAUCUCCAAACAAACCCCUUCCUGAAUUAAAUGACCAGUAUAAGGCUGCAAUUAAAAACAGAUCUGUUUAUGUUAAAGGCUUUCCACUAGAUGCAACUCUUGAUGAUAUCAAAGAAUGGCUUGAUGAUAAAGGUCCAGUUGAAAACAUUCAAAUGAGGAGAACAUUGCAGAGGACAUUUAAGGGCUCAAUAUUUGCAGUCUUUGAUAGUGUUGAAUCUGCUAAGAAGUUCACAGAGAUCCCAAACCAAAAGUACAAAGACACAGAGCUGAUAGUACUUUUCAAGGAAGAGUAUUGUACAAAGAAGAAUGAAGAAAGGAGACAAAACAAAGUAGAAGCUAAAGCAAGAGCUAAACAGGAAAAAGAAGAAAAACAGAAACAAGCAGCAGAUGCUGAAAUGAAGUCUCUGGAAGAAAAGACAGGAUGUCUUUUGAAAUUUUCUGGUGAUCUAGAUGAUCAAACAUGCAGAGAAGACCUCCAUGAGGUAUUUUCUGAUCACGGAGAAAUCAAAUGGAUACACUUUGUCAGAGGUGCGAAGGAGGGAAUUAUCCUAUUUAAGGAUGUUGCAAAAGAAGCUCUGGAAAAAGCCAAAGAAGCACAUAAUGGAAACUUACAGCUUCGGAACAAGGAUGUUACAUGGGAAGUGCUAGAAGGAGAUGCAGAGAAAGAUGCUCUGAAAAAAAUAUUGGAAGAUCAGCAAGAAUUGCUGAAACAGAAAACAAAAGGGCGCAAAAUUAAAGGAAAAGGAAGAGGGGGGAAGAUACCUCAAGGUGCACACAAAGGAAAAGUACAGUUUCAGGGCAAAAAAAUAAAGUUUGAGAAUGAAGAAGGAGGUGGUGAAGAUGAUACUAAAAUAGAACCAGCAAGUCCCAAGAAGAGACCACUAGAGGAAAUGGAAAAAGAAGAACCUGCACCAAAACAACUGAAAACAGAAAACGGAGAUGGAGAUCAGUAAUACUAAAAUUAAAAAGAA